AUGACCACGACCGAUGACGGUAGUGACAUGGUCAUCUCGGACCAUGAGAGCGUCGCCAGCGCAGGCUCACCGAGCAUAUUCUCGACGGACCCCGCCGAGGACAGUUCAGACAGCAGCCUCUCGGACGAGGAGUCGGACAACAGUGAUAGCGAUGAAUCCGGCUCAGAAUCGGAGGUGGAGGAUCUCAUGCGGAUGGAGGGUGAGGUCCAAUACGGCCCCGAAUACUACCUGGCGGCGGCAGAGAAUCUCGACGUCUCGCAGCUGCGGCAACAGCGAUAUAGCCCGCUUACCCGAGAGAAGCUGGAAGACACCAAGCAUUAUUGGAACCGCUACUGUCGAUUUACCCACCAGAACCCUGAUGAAUGUUUUCGCACACUCGAGGAUCCCGACGAGGCCGCUCGGUUUAUGUACGGUUUUUUGAAAUGGCGAUGUGACCGACGACACGGAAAGGGAGGCCGGCGAUGCCCCGGCAUCCGCAGCCAGGACUCGCUGGAGACGUUUUGGAAAUGGUGGCAUCUGGUCUACAAGAGGGAAAUGGGACACGGGCUGGACCCGAUGGCCCUGAGAAAGAUCAACGAUGUGAUUGCCAUCGUGGCCAAAGAGAAGGAUCUUCGAGUCGGUCCGCGUCCCAAACCCAUUAUGUACAUCGAAGACCUCGCGGAGUUUGCACGGGUGCUGCUGACCACCAGGGAGAUGACCUUUGAGGUCGGAUGGCAGCGGAUCCAACUCCUUCUGUUCUGUCAACUCGCCGCCAUCACCGGCAGCCGGCCGGAGGCGCUGCUGAACAUUCGGUAUCGGGACCUGUACCUCCGUCUGAUUCGAGAUCCAAAAAAUGACCGUCCGCGGCUACUGAUUGACCUGACGCUCUCCUCGACCAAGCAGUUUCUCGAGAAAAAACCCCAGGACCCGUUCUCAAUCCCGGAGAUUCUCUUCGACCCGACCUUGGUCCUCAGUCCUCAUGUCUUUCUCCUGGGCAUGCUCUUCCGGCUCAAGGCGUUCAAAUCGCCGCGAGUCAACAGCCCGGAGCGAUUGUACGAACUCGGAGUGCUGCACGGGCUGAAUCAACAGGACCUUCCGCUCAAGGACGAGUUCUUGGACCAAUUUGUGUUCUGCCAAGCGAUCCGGGAAAGCGACGGUGUUCGGAUUGCCCUCGACCAACGGCUCUCCGGAGGUAGUUUGCGAUACCGGCUCCGCCGCGGGGCACAAAUCACCGGCUUCGAACAGCCGAUGAGGCCGUAUGCCCUUCGCUACGGGGCUGCGAAAGCAUUCAAUAAUAGCCCCGACGUCAGCAAGGAGCUGCAAAACGUCAUGCUGCAGCACGCGAGCAUCGAGACUUUCAUCACUCAUUACAGUGUGGGUAUCGAUGUGGACGCGCAGGCUAUCGCCCGCGGUCUGACGCCUGAACAAUAUCUCAUCCGGUUUGCUCGAUCCAUGAGUGCUUCGAUUGAUCCCCGCCGUCCGUGGAAGGUAACGUCGGAGCUGUCGAGAUCGGUGGAGAAAUUGAAGGAAGUGAUAAAAAUCGCCCAGCAAGUCAUCCAACGCCGGCAGCGACGCGACCAGCUCGGCGUUGGAUUCAAGGGUAAGUGCCGAGGAUUCUGCAGGCGACGAAAGGCGACGCGCGCACAGCAGAAAAAAUGCCCUCGGAUUUGUCGUCGGUACCGGAAGGCGGAGAAGAGAUACCAGCGAGCAUCUCGUCUCCUGCGGAAUGUGAAACAGCGUCACAAGAACCGGCUGGUGCGCGAGAAUCUCGAGCGGUAUAAACGCGAGCAGCCGGUGAUUGACAGUGAGAGACAACUCACCGGGAAAGUGGUGGAUGAAGAGGUCUUGACUGCGUUUCAACAGACCGGGGCGAUCACCCCGCAGCUUCUGCGGUUGAUGGACGCGAUUUUGACCCUACCGGAGCCGACGGUAGAAGCGGAAUUGGGGCGAAGGAUCCGCGGGAUCUAUGCAGUGAUAGACUAUGGGGAUGUUGAAGAGGGUCCGCCAUUACGUCCGGCCCCCCCUAACCCAGCGUACGUUCCGACUAGCUCCAUUGUCGGUGAUAAGAAGGAACCGGUGCCGGAGAGCGCAGACGCUGUUGCUCUCCGUCGGGCGGUCGACACCAUCUUCAUCAAAGAGAAAACAGAGAGGCCCGUCAUCUGUUUUUUGUGUGUGGGCAACCCUCGCCUUCCCGUUCAUGAGCGGACGAGGAACUAUCAUGAUCCUGGAUCGCUCAGCCGGCACUUUGUGCGAAAGCAUGCGAAACCCAUGUGGCCUGAGGGCAAGAAGGUCCCAUGCAAUGUGUGCAAUGUGGAGAUGGAAAGCAAGAGACAUCUUCUUCUUCAUGCAGAGGAGGUGCAUGGAACCGUCUCUCGCGUGCCACCUUCGAGGUUAGGCCUCUAG